CAGGAUAUACUACAUAUUGGUUUUCACAAACCUUGAGCUGCGACAGUGCGAGGAUUUGCAUAUGAAAAGCUGAGAUCAAUUCUUUUUUACUCAUCAGUUUGUUAAUAGCGGGUCAACAUGGAGCUGUUAGGGCUGGAUUUGUCGAUGACUUGGAUUCUGCUUAUAGGUGUCAUACUCAUGUUUGUAUGGUAUGAUUGGAGGUGUCAUCAAUAUUUCCAGAGACGAGGCAUCCCUGUAGCUGACUAUGUUCCCAUCUUCGGCAAUAAUUUGCAAUUGCGUCAUGGUAUAUUGAAGGCGUUUGCUGAAUACGAAAGGAAGCAUGGCAAGGUGGUUGGGACGUACGAUUUUCGGCGCCCCAUUCUGAUCAUCAAUGAACCUGAAAUUCUCCAGCAUAUCCUGGUCAAGAAUUUCUCCAACUUUUACAACCGCCGGAAACAUGUGGUAAUUCAAUCUGAUCGCACACAAGCCAGUCGGGGCAUGUUCUUCCUUGAAGAUGAAGAGUGGAAGACGGUCCGCAACACCCUGACGCCGUCAUUCACUGCAGCUAAGAUGAAAAACAUGUUUCCACUGAUUAACGAGUGUUGCGAUACUCUACUGACAAGUAUAAGCGAGGCACGAGAGGGAGGCAAAGCUGUCGACUGCAAGAUGUUGUUUGGUGGCUUCACCAUGGACGUGAUUGCGUGCUGUGCCUUCGGUCUGAGUGUGAACUCCCAACAGGACAAGGACAAUCCGUUCGUCAAGAAUGCAAAGGUUCUACUUGACCCCAGCCGCUUCAGAGGAGCUUCAAUCAUCCUUAUGUCUAUGCUCCCAAUCUUAGCACCGGUGUUUACUUACUUUGGAUACGGCUUAGCUUUUGAGCCGGAGGCUGUCCAGUUUUUCCAGGGCGUAACGGAGGCUGCGUGCAAGCUGCGCUUAGAGGAGGGUGCCAAGGCUUCUAAACAUGCCGAUCUACUUCAGCUGAUGCUGAAUGCUCACCAUGACACUGAUGUGGAUCAGGAAGACACGCCCACCAUAGGGGACGGCCCAAAGAGGGGCGUGGUCCAACGCAGGCCCCUGUCAACGGAAAAUAUUAUGGCUCAGUCGCUCACUUUUUUCCUGGCUGGGUACGAGACCACCAACACGCUGCUGAGCUUCACUGCAUUCCUGCUGGCUACCAACCAAGACGCGCAAGAGAGACUGAACGCUGAGAUUGACAACCUCGAUCCCACGAGUGGCAACAUUGGCUAUGACGUCAUUGGCAAGAUGGAGUACCUGGACAUGGUGAUCAAUGAAUCACUGCGCAUGUAUCCUCCUGUUAUCUUUAUUGAUCGGCAGUGUAACCAGAAAUCAACGUUUGAUGGCCUAGUCAUCGAAAACGGCAUGCACGUGUUUGCGAGUGUCUGGAACAUUCAUCGCAACGAGGAAUACUGGACGGACCCCGAAAAAUUUGAUCCUGAAAGGUUCAGCCCUGAGAACAAGGCCUCCAUCAAACCUUGCACCUACAUGCCGUUUGGCUUCGGUCCAAGAAUCUGCUUCGGCAUGCGCUUUGCCUUGCUGGAAGCCAAGAUGGCGCUGGUCCGUGUACUGCAGCAGUAUCGCUUCGAUGUCUGCUCGGAAACCGAGAUCCCACCUGCCCUGGGCACGGGACUGCUCCUCACCCCUAAGGAGAUGGUGUUGAACAUCAUUCCCAGGAACUAGGUGACUGGAUACCCCACCCAAUGAGAACUCUUGUCUUGAUGAUGCAAGACGUUGUUACGUCCGCCAAGGAGGUUACGUUUCCACCGGCGAAGGUUUGCCUGUGAACAUGAUAACUCAAAAAUUUAUGGACGGAUUGUCAUGAAACUUUCUUUAGGGUGGUCCUUGGUACAAGUACAAAUCGUCAUUAGAUCCGGAUCUGCGUCUGGAUGCAGGAUGUUUUUAAAGACCAUUUUAUACAAUGGAGCGAGUGGAAAGUAAACCAACACAGGCAUAACUCUGUUUAACUACAAACUAUUUGAGUUUUAGGAUUUGUUUUCGCAAUCACAUUGUGCAUUGGUGCUGUGUGUAAUGGUGGGGAAUUGUUUAGCCUUGGUGGAGGUGUGCGCUUUCUGAGUGCUUUCUAGUUUUAAAUAGAUUUACUUGCGACUGCUGAAUGUUCAAUCAUCUCGAAUAAUAAAUCGAAAUGGUGUAAACUAUUUUGCGAGGUGAGAAAGUACGUAUGUUUUGGCGAUUGUUGAAGGUGAAGACAUGUUGAUGUUAAUCUGUAAAACUUCGCUUGAAUUGUAACUGACACCUUUUUAAAACAAUAUUUUAUUUUUUUAUUUUAUUUUUGGUAUAAUCAUAGAGAAAGGAUAAAAUCUAACAUGACAUGCUGACAAGAUACUAUUGAAGAGAGUGUUGUAGUAUAUUGCAAUUUUGAUACUGUUGAAAUCGAAAUUUUAGCUUUCAAUUUUGCAAUAUUUUGCUUUUAGCGUGAUAUAAUAAUUGGCUUAGCCUAUAGACUUUUAAAUGUUUCUAUACAUUUUUAGUUUUCGUUUGUGUAUUUGUUUUACUUAAGCAAAAUAUGGUGUAAUUUCAUUGUAUUAGCUGUAACAACACUGCAAACGUAUGCAAUUAAAAUGACCGAUGAUUUGCAGAGCAUUGUCACCCAUUGACUGCAAAACGAAGCUUAGAAUUAAAAUGAUCAUUAAACGGAUAAUUCUGACUAAAGCAGACAUAUUACAAUAU